AUGGAACCCAAACCACUCCUCAAUAUUAAGAAGGUGUUGGUGGCCAACCGAGGCGAGAUCGCCGUCCGCUGCAUCAAGGCUUGUCGCGAACUAGGCGUCCAUAGCAUCGCCGUCUACACGGAUGCCGACACGACCUCACUGCACGCUCUGCUGGCAGAUGAAGCAAUCCCGUUGCGGGGCAGUGACACCUACACAGACGGCGCUGCCAUCCUAAGCAUCUGCAGAAGCACACGUGCUGACGCCGUUUUCCCCGGAUAUGGCUUCCUGAGCGAGAAUGUCGAGUUCGCCGAUGCUGUUACCAACGCAGGCAUCGUCUUCGUCGGCCCCUCCUCCGCUUCAAUCAAGGCCAUGGGCCUCAAGCACGAGGCGAGGUCCAUCGCCGAAGCUGUCAAUGUCCCCGUCAUACCCGGAACAUCGCUUAUCCCCUCGACACACGAGGCCAUCGAGGGGGCCAAGAAACUCGGCUUCCCCGUCAUGCUCAAGGCCACUGGGGGAGGCGGCGGCAUGGGCUUACAAAUCUGCUACGACGACGACGACGUUCCUAAGGCUUUCGCCACUGUCGAGAGCCGAGCUGGCGCCCUCUUCAAGAACAGCGGCGUCUUCUUGGAGAAGUACUAUCCCCGUUCCCGGCACAUCGAGGUGCAAGUGUUUGGAAAUGGCGUCGAAGUCGUCGCCUUGGGAGAGAGGGAGUGCUCCCUCCAGCGCCGUCAUCAAAAGGUCAUUGAGGAAUGCCCUAGUCCGUUUGUCGAGCGGACCCCUGGCCUGCGCGAGAAGAUGCUGCAGGCAGCAGUCAACUACGCCUCCCAGCUCAAGUACAAAAGCGCCGGUACCGUCGAGUUCCUGGUCGACGACGAGACGGCCGACUUCUUCUUCCUCGAGAUGAACACGCGCCUGCAGGUGGAGCAUGGCAUCACCGAAAUGUGCUACGGAGUGGACCUCGUCCAUCUGAUGCUGUAUCAGGCCGACUUCGAGCGUGGGGGUCACUUGGGCAUUCCCUCGGUCGAGUUGCAGAGCAUCUCACGGCCGCAACCACUCGGUUCCGCCAUCGAGGCAAGAGUAUACGCCGAAGUGCCUCUGCUCGACUUUGCCCCCAGCCCGGGAGUUCUUCAGCACGUACACUGGCCGCAAGGCGAUGGCGUCCGCGUUGAUACGUGGGUGAAGAGCGGCCAGCACAUCACACCUCUCUACGACCCCUUAGUCGCCAAGGUCAUGGUGCACAGCCCGGCCGGCCGGGUGGAUGCUCAGAAAAGAAUGCUUGCGGCCCUGGCUGACACGGCCUUACAAGGGACCCAGACAAACCUGCAGUAUCUGUCGCAGGUGUUGCGGUCUGACGCAUUCACCAAGGGCAACACGCUCACCAACUUCCUGGCCUCGUUCCAAGUCGAUGCGUGCGCUGUACAAGUCCUCAGCCCCGGCGUCUUCACCACGGUCCAGGACUACCCUGGGCGAAGGGCGGUGGGACACGGAGUCCCCCCCAGCGGUCCCAUGGACGAUUUGAGCAGCCGAGCAGCCAACAUCCUCGUCGGCAACGAUCCGCAAGCUGAACUCCUCGAGAUCACUAUGACGGGCCCGGAGCUCAUGUUCCACGAGUCGGCAGUUGUGGCUGUCUGUGGCGCCCAAGUUCCCGUGGCUGUCAAUGACGAGGAUCGGCCAAUGUGGUCCCGCAUCAUCGUGAGGCGAGGGCAAACACUCAAGAUCGGCAACGUUAUCGGCGACGGCCUCCGGACCUACCUUGCUGUGAAGGGCGGAUUUCCCGAGAUCCCGCUCUAUCUCGGCUCCAAGUCCACGGCGCCGGAGCUUGUCCUUGGUGGUCUGCAAGGACGGAAGCUGCAAACAAACGACAUCCUUGCCCUCUCCUCGGAGUCGGGGUUGUGGGCAGAUACGGCGUCACCUUUUUCGCUACCUCGAGGGGCCAUUCCGGACUACAGCGUCUCCGAAGUCUACUGUCUCAACGGCCCGUACGGUUCGGAAGAUAUUCUCACGCCAGAGGGCAUGGAGACGAUCACGAGCUCCAAAUGGACCGUCAGUCACAACAGCAGCCGUAGCGGAGUUCGGCUGGAAGGUCCGCGAUUGAAAUGGGCUCGCACGACGGGCGGAGGGGGCGGGUCCCAUCCGUCCAACGUCUUUGAUUACGGAUAUCCAAAUGGCGGCGUCAACUGGACCGGAGAGUAUCCCAUCAUAUUCUCGCGCGACCGGCCGGAUCUCGGUGGGUUUGCCUGUCCGGUGACCAUCUGCUCGGCCGAAAUGUGGAAGGUCGGCCAGCUGAAGCCGGGCGAUGCCGUGCGGCUGCAACUCGUGAACUUUGAGGACGCCAUGGAGAUCACUCGCGAAAACGAGGCCUAUUUAGAGUCUGUUGCCGCUCUCGUCGACGGGCAAGACAUUGCGGUUUCCCCUCCCAGGAAGACAUUCGGGCCUCAGAACAACACGUCCUCCAUCUUACAGACGACUCGGCCCCAUGGCGACCAUCCGCGCGUCACCUAUAGACAGGGAGGCGACACUUCCAUCAUUGUCGAGUAUGGCGAGCAGGUCGCCGAUCUACGAAACACCGUCUGCGUUCAGAUUCUCAAGGAAAAAGUGGCGGCCCGGGGUAUUGUUGGUGUACGCUGCGAGCCAAACCUCGCCACGCUCACCGUGCACUACGAUCCGGUCCAAAUACAUCAGUCGGAAAUGUUCCAGAGCUUGAGGCAGCUCGACGAGAGCAUUGAAGAGAUUGUAGGAACCAGAAUGGCGGUCCGCGAACUCAGCCUCCCGCUGUGCGUGGACCACCCCACGGUCCAAGAGGCUACAGAGCGAUACAUGGAGAGCAUCCGGCCGACGGCCGCCUACCUCCCGGACAACGUCGAGUAUCUGCGGAAGAACAACGCGCUGAAGUCCCGCCGCGAAGUCUUCGAUUCCCUGGUCAACACUCCCUGGCUUACCGUCGCUGUUGGCUUCUUCGUCGGCACCCCCAUCCUGUUCCCACUCGACCCCAGGUACGUCUUUACGGGCCAGAAGUACAACCCCAACCGCGCAUACACACCGAGCGGCUCCGUCGGCCUCGGCGGGUCGCUGUUGGCCAUCUAUCCCGUUGCUGCCCCGGGAGGCUACCAGCUCAUGGGCCGCACUCUGGGCACGUGGGACAUGAUGGGUACUCGGCCGGGAUUCUCGCCAUCGCGGCCGUGGCUGUUUGAUCACUUUGACAUUGUGAGAUUCCGCGAGGUCUCCAAGGAGGAGUUCGACCAGGCGGAACGCGACUUCGAGGGCGGAAGAUACGAGUUUGAGAUUUCGGAAGGCGUCCUCGCCAUGGACGAGUACAUUGCCAAGUUCGACGCGGCAGCGCGAGACCCCGCUCACCAGGAGUGGCGCGAGCGUCAGGCUGCGGCGGCGAGGGAGAUGGGAGAACUUGAGCAGCGGCUCUUUGGGGAAUGGAGCGAGGCCAAGGCGGCAGAGAUGGCGGGCCAGAGCGAGGUCGGGGCCGAGGCGGCAUCGGCCGACACGGUCACGAUCGAGUCGCCCAUGAACGCCAAUGUGUGGAAGACGCUGGUCAAGGUCGGGGAUGUGCUGGAGGACAAGCAAACGGUGGCGAUUCUGGAGGCGAUGAAGAUGGAAAUCAAGGUGGUGGUAUCCGAGGCACAGGCCGGAGCCGUGGUGACGAAGAUUACACGGCCGCCCGGCAGCGUCGUCAGCCCGGGUACGCCCAUUGUGGUGUGCAAGAAAGCAAGGUAG